AUGGCGUCGACGGCCGAGCACGGCGGUGGUGUCGGAGAUGGGGAGGGGCGGCGCUGGGAAGGUCUUCGACGUUCGGCGAAGAAGGCUGGAACAUGCAUGCUCGCCAAGUCUACAAUCAAGCUGGAGACUGAUUCUUGUGGAGAGCAAUGGCUCAUGGCCCAAGUCUGUGGUCAAGAUGGAGACCUAUUCUUGUGGAGAGAGCAGCGGCUCGUGGCCAGGAGUUCGCGGUCACCAGCAUGA